AUUCUGAAUCCCGUUCAACCCAUAAUACAACGAGCUGUGACGCAAACACAUUCCUCUGACUGCCAUGCCCGACCCACCCAAGCUAUCCUUCUCCUUGGGGAAACCCGCUGCCAAAGCCGGUCCCUCGACGACGAACAACGCCUUUGGAGCCAGCAUCUCGCUCAAACCUAAACCGAAACCCGUCUCGAAGGCUUUCACCUUUGGGGAUGACGACGACGACGACGAAGAUAAGCAGGCUGGGUCGUCUUCGAAACCAACCCUAGCCGGUCCGUCCAAAGUGGCGCCCCGAAACAACGCCCUGAUCAAGCAAAACGCCAGCCUGGGUCGUCAGGCGAAAAAGAUCCAGGAGGAGGCCGUCAAGGUCGAUCAGACCGUCUUUGAAUAUGACGAGGUAUGGGACGGGAUGCAGAACGCUAGGCAACAGGCAAAGCAGAUCAAGGAUGAAGAGGCUGCGGAACGUAAACCCAAGUACAUAGAAUCCUUCUUACAAUCCGCCGCGACCCGUAAACUCGACCGUCUGAGAGCUGAGGAGAAGAUGCUACAACACGAAAGGGACGAAGAGGGGGAGGAAUACGCCGACAAGGAAAAGUUUGUGACGACGGCGUACAAGCGGCAGAUGGAAGAGGUCAAGCUGGCCGAGGAGGAAGAGAAGGCUCGGGAAGCCAAGGAACGGGCCUCGCAGAAGGGACCCGGGAUGACGGCGUUUUACCGCAACAUGCUCGAUGCGGACGAGGAGAAGCAUGCUGCUGCAGUAGCCGCUUCGUCCAAGUCGGCGACCAAGCCCAAUCAGGGUCCUUCUCUGGCCAUCCGUCCUCCCGAUGCAAGCGAUAACACCAGCGACUCAAAGCCUCCUGCCACAUUCGAUGACACGGCCGAAGAGGACCCCUUCAUCCGACGAGAACGCCAACGGAUGGAGAUGGAACGAGCGAUGAUGACAGCCGCCAGUGCCUCGGUACCCGUCGUCGAACGUCUUCCAGCGACCGCCUCGACCGAGGAGGAACGGAUCGAGAUUAACGACGAGGGCGCCAUCGUGGAUAAACGGGUCUUGCUCAAGGCCGGUCUAAAUAUCACCAAGAAACCCGUCCUACCCAAGGACGGUCCGGGUGAUGUCAAACGACCCGAAGUGCACGUCCCUCUCAAGUCACGAGCUGUGGGUACGGACGCUUCGUACGAAGCCAGGAUGGCCAGGGAACGCCGCCGUCUAGCCGACCAGAUGAAGGACGAGCAAGAACGUAUCGAGCGGGAACGACUAGCCAAACAGCAGGAAGUUGAGGAGACGGCCAAGAAGCGUCGAGCUGGAGGGGACGACGGCGAGGGGGAUGCUAAACGACGUGCGGCGAGGGAGCGUUUCGAGGCUAGGAAACGAGCCAAGCUGGAGCAGCCCGAGGGGGACGGGUCGUAAUGCGAGUUGGUUGGGGGGUGUUGUACGUAGAUCGUGCCCGUCCCUUACCAACGGGGCCGUGCACAUCAGUUGCCUGGAUACUUGCU